GCUGACUUAGCCUGUUCAUAUAUGUGCCUCCCGACAAUCUGUUUAGCCAAGCCGCACUUGUUUGCUCUCUGCCCACAGUACCUCGCCGCCCAACUCAAACACGAUCACACCAGGAUAUCUGCUCUCGCCGUUCUAUUGCUCCGCGCUGCGCCAAUACUGAGUACUAAAACGCGCGAAAAAUGGCGACUCAAGACUCUCCGCAUCCUACUUGCUCCCCAGAACGCUCCCGGAGCCGUUACAGUAUGACAUCAACAAUCCGGCAGGUUAGUGAUUCCCGGCUACAGAAUUGCUGGUGUGCUACCACACGGGCGUUACUUCGUGAUCUCUAUGUUUCGCCAAAAUAUCACUCCCUGGGUCUUGCUAAACUUGUAAUCGCAACGUCAGGUUACACCAUCACCGGAAUGGCCGCUCCGAGACAUCGCAGCGGGAAACUCAGCUAAGAUGCGCGAUGAAAACUUUCCCAACGCUGAUCCGUCGCGAGGACUUCCUCCAAUUCCAAAGCCCUCGCAGAUGAGCCGCAUUCCCCAGCCAACAUCCGUAGGGAAGAAUAACGGGUUGAAACGUUCGAAUGCUGCUCGCGUCUCCCCAACCAAGAGUCAAAACUCGGCAUCCAAGAACACUCCGGUCUCA